AUGCCGAGCAAACUCCAGACCCAGCAUCCCUUCGAGUGCUUCAACGCAGGGUUGCCACUGCCGGCUAACGCAACAUCACCACGUGUACUAGCGACAGCAUCUUACGAUGAAGUGCAGCAACGAGGCGAAAGUGUCCUGCUCAGCAAGCUGGCCAGAUUCCACCGACACGGGAUAGCCGCUGGUCUUCGCUUUACGCGCCGUCAGGCUGGAGAUCUAUCGCAACCACAGGGCCGACUGUUGUCAGACAUAACGGCUAUACCCGGAUUCGACAGGCUCCGCGGCUACACAUGCUGCAAUCUCCGUGAGGGUGGCGAAUGGCGGUCAGCUCCUGUCAGUUUCUUGAAGGAAGCGACUGUACAACAUGGCUCCGAUGCACAGGCCUUGGAUGUGACGCACAGCAAGGAAGAAUGUCCGGUAACCCUGGAGGGUGCUGCAGCGGAACCUCUUCAAGAGCAUCUGUACUUGAUGCUUCACGGCUGGGGACAACCAGCACUGGUCCUUGCCGCGAUUCCUCGGGCAUAUAGGCUGCAACAUUCGUGCCAGAGCUCCCCCGAUGGUGCUUCGUCAGAGCAGAGUUCGCCCGCCGAGGAUGUAAUGAGAUGUAUUCUUUGCGAACAGGACUUCGACAGUGUUGGAGUAGCAGCGAACUCGACUUGCCUAUUCCAUCCCGGGAACAGACACGUUCCAAAGAAUUAUGAGAGUGAUUCGGACUCGUCGGAGUCAUCGUACGACGAAUUGCAGCAUGUCGAUGGAGCAACCUGGACCUGCUGCGGCCGGCUGAGCGACUUUUCGGGCUGUGCAGCAGAGAUUGAGCACAUCCUCGUGCAUCGGAGCGAUCUAGUGAGCUUGACUGUGAAGAAGCCGUGGCGUCGCUUGUGGCAAUGA